AUGCUCAGUAUGAAAGACAACAUCUUUAUGAUCAUUAUAACUGGAGAAUUCAUAAUAGGAAUGUUGGGGAAUGUAUACAUUGGACUAGUAAACUGUAUUGACUGGAUGAAGAAGAAAAAGAUCUCCUCAGUUGACUAUAUCCUCACCAGUCUAGCCAUCUCCAGAAUCUGUUUGCUCUGUAUAUUGAUACUAAAUGUCAUCAUAAUGGUAUGCUACCCAGAUUUUUAUGAAAAUGAUAAACUACAGGCAUUCAUUAGUAUCUUCUGGACCCUCACCAACUACUUAAGUACAUGGUUUGCCACCUGCCUCAACGUCUUCUAUUUGCUCAAGAUAGCCAAUUUCUCCCAUUCGCUUUCUCUGCUGGGUUGUUUGGCCAUUUCGUCUUUGAUCAGCCUUAUACUAGCAAUGACACCAAGUUAUGAUCGUGAGUUUCAUAAAAUUGUAAAUCCUAAAAGAAACUGCACUGAAAUGUUCAAUGUGAGUAAAAGUCAGUACUUCCACUCAUUGAUUCUCUUUAACCUGUUGGCAGUUGUCCCAUGUACUGUGUCACUGAUCUCAUUUUUCCUUUGAGUUAUGUCCCUAUGGAGACUUAUCAAGCAAAUGAAACUCAGCGUUACAGGCUGCGGAGACCCUAGCACAGAGGCCCAUGUGGGAGCCAUGAAAACUAUGACUUCAUUUCUCUUCCUCCUUUUUGUAUAUUAUGGGGCUUCUCUUUUGGCGACUUUUAGCUACCUUAUGAAAGAAAGCAAGUUAGUUGUGAUGUUAGGAGAAAUGAUAGCAAUUCUCUAUCCUUCUGGUCAUUCACUUAUUUUAAUUAUUAGAAAUAACAAGCUGAGGCAGGCAUCUAUCAGGAUGCUGAGAUAUGGGAGAACAUUCUGCAUGAUGUAAAAUCUUAGCUUUGUAAAUGGGUUUUGCUAA